AUGAAUGUACCUGUAGUACAAUCAACUAUUUUACCUGGUGAUAUGCUUGCAGCCAAAAUACGCACCUAUCUUUCUCAUCCGGUGACAUGGCAACCAUCAGCAGAUCAACAUCGUCUAAUCGGACAUAUGGUUUUACAUAAAGCGAAUGGUACAAAAGGAGAUCUUGGCUUAAAAGUUGUUGGAGGUCGACGAUCAGAUACCGGUCGUUUAGGCGCAUUUAUCACACGAGUAAAGCCUGGAUCUGUUGCUGACACUGUUGGUCAUCUUCGACAGGGUGAUGAAGUAUUAGAAUGGAAUGGUCGUCAGUUACAAAAUGCCACCUUUGAUCAGGUCUAUGAUGCGAUAAAUUCCUCAAAAAAUGUUACACAAGUUGAAUUGAUCGUUUCACGUUCAAUGAGUGCACCGGGUGGUGAUGAUUUCCUGAAUGUACAAAGGAUGUUACCAAAUCCGGCAUUCCUUCCAACCGGAGGAUCAGAAAUCGGUGAUUAUUAUCUAAGCAAUUCAUUAGAUCCAAGUGUUUUUUCGCAUUCGCAAUCCGGAAUGGCUUCAUUGCAUAUGCAACCUGUUAUUAAUGCACCUUCAAAUUACCACCCAGCGUUGAUACGUAAAGCAACCGAUUCGUCGUUGUACGAUAUUGCUGGUCCAUCGCGAGUAAUUGCAUCUGACGAUUAUUGUGGAAUGCAAUUUGGAAGAGGACAGAUAUUCGGACGAAUUGAGAUUUCCUUAUAUCAUGGUGCUGCAGAAAGGCAGCUUGUAGUCACGGUGAGACGUGCAGUGGAUUUGCCGCCUCGACCAGAUGGUGCCGCUCGUAAUCCGUACAUCAAAUUAUUUCUUUUGCCGGAUCGAAGUGAAAAAAGUCGUCGUCAAUCUGCGGUACUCGUGGAAACAUGCAAUCCAAUUUGGAACGAACCAUUUUACUAUCACGGUCUCACCAAAUCAAUGCUAAUGGAACGUGUUCUGGAGGUGACAGUAUGGGAUUACGAUCAAUACGAGACAAAUUCAUUUAUGGGUGAAGUGCUGAUCGAUUUUACGAUUGCCCACUUAGACGAUGAACCAUUUUUGUAUACACUGGUUGAUAUGGAUGAAGAUAAUCCACUUAGAGCGAAGCUACAACAACGUCGUCUUAACAUUUAUUACGCGUCUACACGUCCACAAAGUGAAUUGGGAUAUUAUCCGAACAUUCAUCAACAACGAGCAGCCGAUUACAGGACAACUUAUGAAGCGUAUCACCCUGGAUCACGACAGCAACAUAUGAUGCAUCCAAAUUACGGGAUGCGUCGAUCACGGACAUAUGAUCGAAGCGGAACACGAAUUGAAGAGGACUGGACAGUGGUAUAUCCAUCAGGAUACUUAUCCGAUCAUGGUUACAGUAAUCAUAUGCCUGUUCGCUACUCACAUCGAGAACGAAGACCGCGAUCUGCUAUAGCAAUGCGUCCAUUAUCAGAUAUGCGAACUUGCAAUCGAAAUUUGCCACCAGCUCCAUGGGCUGCAGAUGAAGACAGUGGUCAACAGAUGACAGUUCCACAUCCAGCACAAGAACUAACAAGGUUUUCUCGAGAUCCGCGACUACCCAAUGAGCGAUUAAGAUUAGAGGCAAUGCAUGAGCAACAACCUGGAUAUGGAAGUGAUGGAUCGGAAACAUUAAGUAUACAUUCAGCACAGAGUAUGCCUGCAAGGCAGCCAACGCGACGUAUAACUAACGGUGAAAGUGAGCAGGUAAGUAUGAAUCAACAAAUGGAUGAUAACGGGGAAGAAUAUAUCGAAGAAGGAGCUGUAAGUGAUUCUGUGGUGGCUAAAGGAAACGUUGCGACAGCUAUCAAGGAUCGGAAGAAAAGUUUGAUGACAAGGCUUAUUCCGGGCAGAAAUGCUCCACUUGAAGUCAAAAGAACAGGAUUUCAACGAUCAGAAGAAGUAGGUGUACCGGAAGGUUUAACCGUAUCCGGUGAUUAUCUUCAAACUCCUUUCAUGAAGCAAACUUCAAAGGAAUCAACUGAUUCAUCUCACAGUGAUAAUUGGGGACCUAUUUUGACCGAUGGUCCACUGGGCAGUUUUGUUGAUAGUUUAGGACCUGGCCAGGUUGUGGGCCGACAAGUUUUAGCAAGUCCAGUGCUUGGCGAAAUACAAAUCAGUAUAGCGACAGGUAGAGCAGGCAUUGAUGUCGAAAUUAUUAGUGCUAAAAAUCUUGUGGUCAAGCCAGGUGUAAAAGUUAAUCCAGCUUCAUAUGUGAAAGUAUUUUUAUUGGAAGGUAAACAAUGCAUAGCGAAAGCGAAAACACGUGCAAUAAGAAGGACCACUGCACCAGUAUUUCAGCAACAUAUUGUUUUCUCUGAAACGCCACGAAAGAAAAUGCUUCAGUUAACAGUUAUGGCUGAUUACGGUAGAAUGGAACGAAAAUCAUUCAUGGGUGUUGCACAAAUCCGAUUGGAUGAUUUAGAAUUGAGUGCUGAACCGAUGGUUGGUUGGUACAAGCUAUAUCACAGUUCAAGUCUAGCUGGUACCGGACCAGUUCGUAAAGAUAGUGAUACAAGUUUAACAGAAAUAAAGCAGUGA